UCAUGCCGUGUCUCGCUCUUCUCCCCUCCUGAAACCUUCUCCUGAAGGAUGGCAGCCGCCUCUUUCCGCUACGGCCUGACCAUCACGGGGGCGGUGCUGCUGGUGACGGGGACGCUGUGCUUUGCCUGGUGGAGUGAUGGGGAGGUGGGCUCCGGCAGCGGGGCUCGCCUCCUGCCUCCCCGGGAAGCCGAGGCUGUGCCCAGCUCCUCCUCCUCCAGCGCCCUGCUCCGCUCCGUCAGCUUCUUCUGCUGCGGCAUCGGCGGCAUCCUCCUCAUCUUCGGCCUCCUCUGGUCCGUCAAGGCCAACGCCAGGGUGGUGUCCCGGCGCUACCAGUACCAUUUUCCCAGGGACCUGCAGUAUUUCACGGCGGAGCCUCCGGAGAAGUGGAACUGCAGCACCUGGGACGCCACUGCCAUCCCCACCUACGAAGAAGCCCUGACCUGCAGACCUGCCCACGGUGCCCAGGCCUAUGUGCAGCCUCCGGGGAGGAAGGAGGAGCUCACGCCGCCCCUGUACCGCUACCUGGAGGAGGAUGAGAGCUGGCAGGGCGGCCGCCGGCGCAGCUCCUCCGACAGCGCCUUGUUCCGCCCCAGCCCGUCCUGGCUGGACACGCCGCAGCCCGGGGAGCCGCAGGCGACACCUCCCCCCAGCUAUGAGAACAUCCAUGAGAACAUCCAUGAGAACAUCAGUGAGAACAUCAGUGAGAACAUCAGCUCUGAGCUGGGGCUGCCCGGGCCGGGACUCUGCGGGCGGCUGCCCAGUCCCACAGCUUUACACUGAGCCUCUUCACUGUGGGUGGGGUG